AUGUCCCGCGUUCUCAUUGGUUUGCUGGUCUACGGCGGAUUUCAUGGCAGGAUAAGCUGUGUGUUUGGUGAUUCAGUGUCAGUGAUGGAGGGAGAUUCUGUCACUUUAUACACUGAUCUUACUGAAAUACAUGAAGAUGAUGAGAUACUGUGGAAAUAUGGAGCUGAAAACUCUCUGAUAGCUGAAAUCAGUAGAGUUGAUCAAAUCUUCUCCACAUAUGAUGAUGUUCUUGAUGGGAGAUUCAGAGACAGAGUGAAACUGGACAAUCAAACUGGAUCUCUGACCAUCACAAACAUCACAACUGAACAUGCUGGAGUUUAUAAACUAGAUAUAAGGGGAGCGAAACGAUCAUCAAAAACAUUCAAUGUUUCUGUCUAUGCUCGUCUGCCUGUUCCUGUCAUCAGCAGUAACUCUUCACAAUGUUCUUCAUCAUCAUCAUCAAAUUGUUCAUUGGUGUGUUCAUCUGUGAAUGUGAGUCAUGUGACUCUCUCCUGGUACAAAGGAAACAGUUUAUUGUCCAGCAUCAGUGUGUCUGAUCUCAGCAUCAGUCUCUCUCUACCUCUGGAGGUGGAAUAUCAGGAUAAAAACACCUACAGCUGUGUGCUGAACAAUCCCAUCAGCAACCAGACUCAACAUCUGGACAUCACUCACCUCUGUCACACAUGUGCAGGUACGACAGCAACGAUAAUAUUCACUGAAUUACUUUGUUGAUUUUACAGAGACUGAUAAAUUAAGAUGCCAGAAAUUAAAGAGCUUCUGCCAUAAUUUAUUUAUGUCUUUCUAAACAGGUUUGAUUUGUUUUCUUUUGUGGAACACAAAAUUUUGGGUUUGUGACCACUAAAAUCAGCUUGUUGAAAACCACAAUUCUGUUUUUUGGUCUUUUUUUUUUUCUUCCAGAAGAAA